UGGUUGCGCCGCAACCGUCGAUUCGGCUUGUAUCUCACGCGCGUCGUACAAUUUUAGUAAACAAUUUUAAAAUUUAAAAUAAAAUAUUAAAUAAUUAAAACAAAUCAAGUUUUUAGUAAAAUGGAAACACCCAAACGUGUUUUACGUAAUUUACAUUUAACUAAUGCCCAAGAACCCAAUACCCCAUUCCAAGUACCCGCAUCACCACUCAUGAAAAGUUUGGGUUAUGGCACCGGCGUUAAUGUUUAUUAUUUGGAACGUUCUCCUCGUCCUACCGGACAGAUACGUUCUCCCUGGGCCAUUAAAAGAGUUUCCAAACGUGUAAGAGCCACAAACAAAGAAAAUUCCAAACUUUUCAAUGAAAGAAUAGUUAAAGAGGCAGAAAUUUUACGCAAACUAAAACAUCCAAAUAUUGUGGGUUUUCGUGCCAUAAAACAGGAUAAGAAAAAUGGUGUUGAUACCUUGGCUUUGGAAUGCUGCAGUACUUCGUUGGGUAUAUUAUUGGAAAAUCGUUUAGAAGAGGGUCUCAACGCAUUGCCGGCUCAACAUAUAAAGAGAAUGAUGCUUGACAUAUCCAGUGCUUUGGAUUAUUUACACACAGAAGUAAAAAUGCUGCAUGGAGAUUUAAAAUCACACAAUGUUUUGGUUAAGGGCGAGUUUGAGAUAUGUAAACUUUGUGAUUUUGGCGUAAGUUUACCUUUAAACAAUGAGGGAGUAGUGAAUUUCGCAGAAAAUCCUCUUCUACACUAUGUCGGCACAAAUCUAUGGUCUGCUCCGGAAGUUAUAAGCGAAGAAGAUGUUAUUGACUGUAAAGCAGAAAUUUUCAGUUUUGGCUUGAUUGUUUACGAAACUAUUGCCUUAGUGCCACCUCAUACCUUAAGUUUGGACGACACAGAAAGUGAAAUUGCUUCAGAUGAUGAGGACAACGAUAAACCGGGAAAUUUUACACUCAUGGAAAUGGCUUAUGGUACUAGACCCGCUUUACCGCAGGCAUUUGAGCUAAAUGAUGAUUAUAACAUUAUAGUGGAGUUAUUUUACUUGUGCACGAACUCUUCACCGGACAAUCGUCCCACGGCAAAGGUUAUUUAUGAUUCUUUGACAAAGGACCAAGAAAAUUAAUAGUUUUGUGUGUAAAAACUUAUUCUUAACCUCUAAGUUUUAUUUUAACUGAAUUGAAUUCUCUUUAUGCCUAAGAAUUUUAAAAAAUAUAUUACAUUUUAACACCA